GCUUCCUCUUUUCCACAACUCACCCCUUCUCAUCUUCAGUUGCCCUAUUUCCUAAAUCUCUUCUCACUUAAUUUUUUGUUUGCUUUGUGUCUGUUUCUUACUUUCUUCUUCUUCUCAUACUACUUUAUUUAUCAAUGGAAAAAAUAAUGUUCAAACACGAACAUCCAUUGAAUCUCAUAGAUCUAUGGUCGGAACAACUGCAACGUAAAGAAGAGCGUGAAGAAGAUGAGGAAGAGAAUGAGUAUGAAGAAGACGAGGAAGAGAACGAGGAUGAAUUAGUUGCAAACCAAGACUUUCAAUGCUUGUGUUUCCUAUGUCAUGAAGAAAUCAAUUGGUUUCAUAGGUAUUACUACUCUUGUUCUCGAUGUAGCAAUUACACUAUCCAUAAAUUUUGUGCAGAACUUCCAGAUAGAGUGGAAGACAUUUGUGAGGCUGGUCAUACUCUUGUCUUCUACCAACCGGGCUACAACUGGAAAUGUGAUAUUUGUGGUCGACUUAGUAAGCCUAAUGAGAUACUUUAUCGUUGCCCAAUUUGUUAUUAUUAUGUUGAUGCAAAUUGUGUUACAAAAAGGCUACAAAAGAAUAUAAUCUAUCAUCCUAGCCACAAACACCCACUGAUUUGCAUGCCCAAAGAACUUUUAUACGAGUGUGAUGCAUGUGGGAAGGAACAUAAAGGGAUGUUCUAUCAGUGUCGCUCGUGUGCUUGGUCUAAUCUCAUUCAUAGUCAUUGUGCUUUCCUACCUACAAAGUUACAAAUCCAACGUCCUACGAAUGAUAUCUUCUCCCAUAUUCAUCCUCUCACCCUCGCUUAUUCCUUUCCGUACACGGAUUAUACGUCUAAACAAAGACCACGAUGUAGGGUAUGCCUUCAAGGGUUUUAUUCAUGUAGGAAGUUUUGGAUAUAUAAAUGUGAUAAAUGCAGAUACUAUACUCAUCUAGAUUGCGCAACAUCAAGAAAGGAGCCCUUCAUGUCCAUCCUUACAUCUCCAGGUACGGGCAAAAUGAUUAAAAACUAUGAAGACGCUGAACACCCUAAUCUUCUCCAUCUUCCAUUUCCUGAUCCAUCUUAUAGCUUACUAAAACACUUGUUUUUCAAGGAAGAUGGAUUAGAGGUCGCCAAAACACAUAUUAGUCAUCCGCACCCACUAAUUCUUGAUGAUGCACGAUGUACUCACACCACAAGCCCCACCUCUUCAAGAACAGUAUCCUAUCAUAACCCAAUGAAGAGGAUUCAACUUUUGUGCGAUGGAUGCUUGAGACCAAUUAUGAGUGGUCCAGUUUACGUGUGUGCCAAUGAGGAAAAUCAUUGCAACUUUGUGCUCCACGAGUGGUGCUCCCGACUGCCAACCGAAUUGAAAGACAACCCUCAUCACCCAGACCACACUCUGAUUUUCCAUUCAAAAAUCCUCGAAGAGUUUUUUGGGGUCUUCAAUUGUGGUCUUUGCAGGUUACCUUGCAAUGGAUUUGCUUACUGUUGUGCCACAUGCGGUUACUACAUCGACGUAAAUUGUGCUUUCUUACCUAAAGAAAUCACUCACAAUUCUCAUCCGAAUCACCUCCUUUCAUUAGAAGGUGAUUCAUUCAUUUGCCAAACUUGUGAUAAAUUUCGUAUACCCUUGAAGAAUGCUUUGUUAAUACCCGAGAAAACUACGCACAUGUGUGACAAGCAUCCUAUGGAGCUGAGUUACUUUCCAAUCGAGAACCAUAAGAGUGAGUACUUUUGUGAAAUUUGUGAGGAGGAAUUGAAUCCCGAGUGGACAUUUUAUCAUUGUCGUGAGUGUAUGCAGUCUAUUCAUCUAGCAUGUGCUGCUGCGUCAAUAAUUCAGUAUGAAACGUAUGCUGUCAAAAGGUGGAAGGACGAUGUCCAUGAUUUUAUAAAUGUGAAGUUUGGGGGCACAUAUAACAAUAUUAAAAUACAUCCACACCCCCUUUCAUUCGAGCAAGGGAUUGAAAGCGAUGGUCAAUGCACCAAGUGCCAAGACACACUCCAGUACAAAAUGAUCUUUAGGUGUUCAAAUUGUAAGUUUGCAAUUCAUUACUAUUGUUGUGAAGCGUCUUGGUACGUAAAAGAAGAAAAAGAAAGAGCUAUUCGCUUUCCCAUCAAGUAAGGUGGUCACACAUGCUAAGUUUGUAAUUGGUAUGCUUUUCUGUUUCAUGUUUUCUUCUUUUAUUUGCAAAAGGAUGUAAUAAACAAACUGAAGUUAAUACUUUUUUU